AAGCCAUAUGGCCCCGGCAGUGGGGCAGGAGGGAUCCUCCCAAGAUUCAACAGCAGCAAGUUUGGCUUCUCAGCUUCUAUCGGCAAUCAAAAGCAUUGGCCUUUGGGUCGUAUCUUACUUUACUUAUGGUCCUGCAAAUCACAAGGAUCAUUAUUCUGGUUCCAAAGUAGAGUUUGAUGACGUUGAAUCGGCAGGUGAUGAUCGUCUGACGAACUCACCGACAGCGAUCUCAACAACUUCUUCACAAACCCAUCCUUCUCACCCCAUCUCAAUUGCCUCCCAACAACCAGGCUUUAAAUCUGAAUCCCAAACCCAAACCCGCUUAUCAAACCCAAUAGCCAAAGCUUUUCAUGAGCUAGAGAUGGGCAAAUUGUUUCUCACUUUCAUACUGCCUACAACCACAAUGAUCUUGGCACUACACGGCAAAGAUUCCUCCUCCGGAGUUUUGCAUUCGAUCUUGUGCUUACUUUGCACUUCCCUUGUCGCCUUGCUCUACGGAAUAUCGUUUCGUGACUUGUUUCCUGGGAUUGCAAAUACAUUUGAACCAUUGGGAACUGCAUUUGAGAAGCCUCACCCACCCAAGAGCAAGAACAGAGAGACGUUUGAGGGGGGCGACGACGGUGCACUCACAUAUCUCACUCCAAGAGGAGGGCGACGAUGGCGCACUCACAUAUCUCACUCCAACUCCAACUCCAAGAUCCCUAAAUCUCCAAUCCUCCAUAGACGAUCGAAGGGAAGAACAAAGCACCUGCAAACCAGGAAACCAGCAAACCAAUCAAGCCGCCGUUGCGGCGUCCACCAUUUUCGAUUGGAUUCUUCACUGGUUAUUAAUCUAAACACUAGUGAUAUAACUGGAGGUUUGGAGACAAGUCAACAAUUAGGUGGCGAUUUGGGCGCAAGAAAAAGAAAAUGCUUGAUGCUUUAAACUAUUAGAGAUUGGCUACUAGCCUUCGUUUGGCAUUGGCUUUUUUAGUUGACUUUUUUGUAUUGAGACUUUUUUAGCCUCGUUUAGUUUGACUUUUUUGACUUUUAUGAGGAAAAAAGUGUAAUGAUUAUGGGUAAAAAGUAGUAUUUUAUCUUAUUGGCUUAUAUAGCCUAUUUUGUUUUUUUGUGAUUUUUUAGUCAAAAAUCUCUAGCCAAACGACCCCUAAGUAUUGAUGGAUGGGAAUUCAACUGAGCUAAUUAGUUUUUGGUUUGUUAGAAUUAAUGUUUAGGUGUUGUUGUUUUUGGUCUGGUUACUUGUUGUGUAUGUUAAUUGCUAUGUUGCCUUUUGGCCAAUUGGUCCUUUCCUCCGGUGAAAUUUUUAUUUGGGUAAUCUUUUAUUUUCUUUUCCUUUUGUAAUUUUUAUUC